UUUAGUAAUGUGAUUACUACGAUGUAUUAUCUACAUUUGUGUCAAAAAAAAAAAUGUACUUAUCUACCUUCAAAAUUUUUCUCUCAAAGGUCAGAAUAGAGUUAGUUCUAUAUUGUAAAUAAUGUCAUAAUUAGAAUGAAAAUACACUAUACAAAUACAUGCUUAAGAUUGUGCUAUAAAAUCAUUGGGACUCAAUCUUCAUCUUUAUCAACCUUGUCAUCUGAAAUAAUCCCAAAAAUCCAGAUUUCUGCUCGAAAACUCCAAAGUGUUCGUCGAGAAUUUGCCUAUCUUUUACAAUUACCAAGCUUUUCAGAAAAACCCAUUUUGUACUAUAAACAAAUUCAUGGCUACCUUCUUGUUUCUGGUCUUGGGUACGAUGUUUAUCUGGGAAACAUUCUUAUGCAUUUGUACUCUAAACUGGGUUGCGUUAGUUAUGCACAGAAAGUGUUUGAUAAAAUGCCUAAGAGAAACUUGAUAUCUUGGUCAACCAUGGUUAAAAUUUAUGUGCAGCAUGGUUUUGCUGAAGAGGGUUUAAUGGUCUUUUCAGAAUGUAGGUGGAGUUGCGAUGAGAACCCUAAUGAGUAUGUAUUAGCAAGCGUGGUGCGUGCUUGUGUGCAGAUGGGUGUUCUGGCACAGGGAACUCAAGUGCAUGGUUUUGUUGUAAAGAGUGGUUUGAGUGAACAUGUGUAUGUGGGUACUGCAUUGACUGAUUUUUAUGCAAAGAUAGGCGAUAUCGAUGAUGCUAGAUUGGUUUUUGAUGAGCUAAAUGAGAAAAGUUUGUUUACUUGGACUAUAAUGAUGACAGGAUAUGCUAAGAGUGGAAGAAGUGAUGUUUCAGUGAUGCUGUUUCAUCAGUUGAUGAGGGAUCAUGAUGUUGUCCCUGAUAGAUAUGUUCUUUCUAGUGUACUAAAUGCCUGCUCAGUGCUUGAGUAUUUUGAGGGGGGUAAACAAAUUCAUGCUCAUGUAUUGAGAAGACGAAUGGAACUGGACGUUUCUGUAAUGAAUGUGCUGUUAGAUUCUUAUGUGAAAUGUGGUAGAGUAUUAAGUGGAAGGAAGUUAUUUGACAAGAUUGAUGCAAAAGAUGCUAUUUCAUGGACCACUAUGAUUGCUGGAUAUAUGCAGAAUUCGUUUCAUGUUGAAGCCUUACAAUUGUUUCAUCGAAUGAAUAGAUGUGGUAGGAAGCUUGAUGAUUUUGUGUGCUCAAGCAUUCUCAAUUCAUGUGGUUCACUUGAAGCUCUUUUGCCAGGAAAACAGGUCCAUGCUUAUAUUAUUAAAGCAAAUCUCGAGUAUGAUAAAUAUGUGAGGAAUGGACUGAUUGAUAUGUAUUCCAAAUGUAAUUCCCUUGCAGAUGCAAGAAUGGCUUUUGAUUCAGUGAUUCAGAACAAUGUGAUAUCUUAUAAUGCAAUGAUCGAGGGAUACUCAAGAUUGGGAAUGAUCUCUGAAGCAUUAAUUUUGUUCCAUGAUAUGAGGAUUAAGCUGCUACAUCCCAGUCUCUUAACAUACGUUAGCAUUCUUGGGGUAGCAGCGUCACUUUCUUUUUUGGAAUUGAGCAAACAAAUUCAUGGCCUUAUCAUCAAGGUAGGUGGGUCUAGCAACUUGUUUGCAAGCAGUGCCUUGAUAGAUGUUUAUUGUAAAUGCAAUUUUCUCGAGGAGGCACGACUGGUGUUUAAUGAGAUCAGUGAGAAAGAUGUGGUAGUGUGGAAUGCUUUGCUCUUUGGCUAUACUCAACAGCUGGAAAAUGAAGAGGCUCUUAAUCUUUACAGUCAAUUUCAAGUGGCUGGACAAAAGGCUAAUGAGUUCACUUUUGUUGCAAUGCUCACUGCGGCAAGUAAUCUUGCUAGUCUUCGCCAUGGUCAACAGUUUCAUUGUCAGCUAAUGAAAUCUGGCUUAGACAGUGAUGCUUUUGUCACAAAUGCCCUGUUGGAUAUGUAUGCUAAGUGUGGAUGCUUACAAGAUGCAUACAAAUUAUUUAAUACCACAACGUGGAAGGAUAUUGCCUGUUGGAAUUCUAUGAUUUCCACUUAUGCAAAUCAUGGAGUUGCUGAAGAAGCUCUUUCCUUGUAUGAGAAGAUGCUCCAAGAUGGGUUGCAACCAAACUAUGUGACAUUUAUAGGGCUUCUCUCGGCAUGCAGUCAUGUAGGGCUGGUAGAAGCUGGGCUUAACCAUUUUGACACAAUGUUCAGCUACGGAAUUGAACCAGGUAUGGAGCAUUAUGCCUGCAUGGUGUCUCUCUUUGGACGAGCUGGUAAGCUGAAUGAUGCAAAAGAAUUUAUUGAGAAAAUGCCAGUUAAACCUGCUGCUAUAGUGUGGAGAAGCUUGCUCAGUGCCUGUCGAGCCACUGGAAAUUAUGAAUUAGGUGCUUAUGCUGCAGAGAUGGCUAUAUCCUCUAACCCAGAAGACAGUGGAUCGUACAUUUUGCUUUCAAAUAUAUAUGCAUCCAAAGGUAUGUGGACAGAGGUGAAGGAGAUCCGGGAAAGAAUGGAAUCGAAUCUAGUGAUCAAAGAGCCAGGCUGCAGUUGGAUUGAAAUAGAUGAUAAAGUGAAUACUUUUGUGUCAAGAGACAUAUCACACUGCAGAACUGAUGAGGUCUUCUCAGUCUUGCAUAACUUGAUCAAAGAGAUGAAAGGAGUCGGUCAUGUAGUUGACACAGCUCCAACCCUGAUUGAUUACUCAUGAAGAAACUGAAUAACGAUUGUUCUAUUGACAGCAUUCGGAUGAUUCGUCAGGUUUAUCUACUCAUCUGAUUUUGAUAGCUAAAGAUACUCCAUAGUUUGCCAAUUGCUUAGGUAGGAAAUUCAUACGUCUCUGGUGCAAUUACUGCUUAUAGGUAUUUGGAAUACUAAUGCAGAGUCCAAUUUCAAAACCAACUACCUUUCUACUACCUACUUGCAUCCUCUUUUGUGACGGAAUUUGUUCUUUUUCCUUGUUUUUUAAGACAAUUAACAUAGAGAUGUGAGGGGAGGGUAAGACAUGAUUAAUGGUUGCAUCUGUGAUUAAAAGAUGAUAGUGAAAUCGAACUCAACACUACUUAUUUUUUUUUAAUUGUCUAUUAGUACUGAGUAAUUUACCCAAUGAAUAGAUGUAGCUUUAUACGUUUCAAAGCUAGGUAAGUGAUUAAAAAAUGUUACUCCGUAGUAAUUACAUUCACAAGGAGUUGAAAUUAAUUAAUACUUCACAAUAUUUUUGGUUCAAGUUCCUCUUUCGUCUCCCCUAUUUAAUGUUGCUUUGUAAUACAUUGCCCUAAUUCUUCAUUUAUUCUGGUCUAAUGUUGUUAUGACUAUACCUUGACAGUUCUAAGCCAAAGUUAUGACUUAUGA